CCCCCCGCCCCCAAAAAAAACUUCCAAAACCUCAAAUUAAAACCUUCGCAGCACCUUCUUAGCCACUUUUCUCUCCCCACCACCAGCAGUACAUUUUCUUUCACAUAUUCCCUAAUAUUACGUUUCCUCGAUUCCUCUUGAACCUUACCUCUCCACAUAUCUAUCUCUGAUAUACGCAACACAUUCUCUUGAAUAAGAGUUAUCUCUAUCUUCCCUUUUGCGAUCUUAUUCACCGCCACAGCCACCUCCACCGCGACCGUUUGUCAACCAGGCGACGAGACGACACAAUGCCGCGUCGUUUCUUCGCCUGCUUCGGCAGAGAAAGCGCUUCUAAGACGUCUUCUGGGGAACGGAACAACGCGACGGCGGACGUAUCGGCGGAGGAGCAGCGGCAUGGCGGGCCGGUGCUGGUGGAGCUGUUCUCGUCGCAGGGCUGUGCCACGUCGCCCGAGGCUGAGCUGGUGAUGUCUAGGCUGGGUAGGGGGGACUUCGAUGGGCCGGACCUGCCGCCCGUGGUGGUUCUGGGCUUCCACGUGGACUACUGGGACUAUAUGGGCUGGAAGGACCCGUUUGGGUCCAGCCAGUGGACCGUAAGGCAAAAGGCCUACGUGGAGGCCCUCAAGCUUGAUACCAUGUUCACGCCCCAGGGGGUGAUCCAGGGUAGAGCCCAAUGUAUUGCCAAUGAUGAGAAUGCUCUGUUGGCCGCCAUCAAGGACGCACCCAGAUUCCCUGCCCCCACGUUCCAGGCAACCUUCCGAAGUCCGACGACGGACUCCUUGCAAGUCUCCCUAACAGGAGCUCUAAGGAGCAAAGUGGAUAAUCGUGGUGCCAAUGUCAUGGUGGCACUGUACGAAAGUGGGUUGGUGACUGACUGUCCCAAGGGGGAGAACAAAGGGCGGGUUCUAUCCAAUGAUUUCGUUGUUAGAAAGCUUGAAAAGCUCUGCACCGUCAAAGACAUUUCUGCCAAGAAGACUGUAUCAGGAACUGUUAGUUUCUCCCUAUGGCAAGGAUUCAAUGGCAGCAAAUGCGGUGUCGUGGUCUUUGUUCAAGAUAACUCUCAUCAAAUUUUUGGUUCACAGAACUUUCAGUUGCCCGAUAACAUGUGAUGAGACACAAUAGCUCUGUCUGUUCUUUAACCAUAAAUCAUAUUCACAGCAUGAAGUUUAGGCCAGGCUGGAUUGGAUACAAGUGAUUUUAUGGGAAGGAGUAACAAAGGAUGAAUCCCACCUGUCCAAUGCGGGUUUCUGAGAAGCUCCGGAGAAUGUACCUCUCUCCCUCUUUCUCACUCCACAAGUCACCGGGACCUAAUUUCAGGCAAUAAUGUACAGGAUAUGUUCUGUUUUAGGGUAUUUUUUUUCUUUCUUUCUUUGUCCUGUCUGUCUUUCCAAGUACUGGUUGGAUCUUAUAUGUAGGAGAUAAAGAGAGGGAGAGAGUUGCAUUGCUAUAUGUCUUCUUUUUAUGUUUGGAGUUGAAUUCCUGCGUAUUGCAUUCUGUGGGGGAAGUGGUGUGGUGAGCAACUUUAAUUGCUAUAUUUGUAUUUUGUUAAAUUUUCAUUGCUUUUUUUGAGUAAUCGUAAACUCUUUUAUUCA